AGCUGGAAUGAGGAGCUUCUUAGUUCGGCUAAAGACGGUAUGGACGAUCUCUUCGCUGAGGUCCUCGAUGAGGGCUGCGAAAAUUUCAAGGCCGAGAUGGUACAGGCGAUUAAGGAAGUAAUGAACAAGCUGAAUGCCAUUUUACGAAAUGACCCUCAAGUUCUCGUGUGCAACACCUACAAAGAAUGUUUCCCUGACAAUCUAGGCCAUUAUGAGACAGAAAUCGCCAGGCUGGUAGACCAACUCUUAGAGUCGCUCUUGACAGACUUUAGGGAAAUACACCAAAAGGCAGCAAUACAUGGUACAGGUCACUACUUCACAGUUUCCAUGCACGACAUCUAUGAAAAUUGCGAUAGCGAGAGGCCUCUAACAAAAGGCAAAACGCUCCAUAAAUGCCGAACCGAACUGUUCGAAGCCGGGGCGUGUGAUCCCAACGGCCCCUUCCGUGGUAUCCCGGAAGGGGUCGAAGUCAGCAUGAUUCAGGCUCUGAACCAAAACGGCGGCGUCCUACAAACCACAUUCUAGACAUCCUAAAUAAGAUCCAGAAGGAUUUCGAGAACAUGGCGAGAAAGAAGGAUAGCGAUACACCAGAGGGAAAGAAGUUCCGGAAGGAGUUGCAUGAGUUGGUAGAUGAGGCAAGGGGGAUUUUGAAGGGACCUAUAAUGGAGUGUCUGGAGCUUUGUCGCCAGUACGACAAAGUGGGCGUGAGAUCGACUGCGAGAUCGCAUAGUUGAUGAGAAAAUUCUAGCGCGUAAUGUAAGCAAAUGGCUAUCUGAUUGCGGAUUGGCUGAUAUUUGGGGCUCUUAUGCUGGACUUGGUCCGUCUCGUAUAGCCUACGACAACCUUUGAUAUUACUUUUUUCGGAUUGGCCGACUUCUAGGCCGUGGCAAAUUUUCAUUCCUUCCUUGGUUUAGGGUUUGGGAGUAUUU